UCUACGACUUAGCUGUAUGGUGAGAGUAACACGGCCUUAUUAUGCGACAGUUUCAUCUUUAGAUCCUAUCUGUCGACCUCUACCAGUAUGAAUUAGCCUUGAUCCCCACCUGUCCAUAUCCAUCCGAUGGGCGUGCUGGCGUGCUACUCCGCGAAAUCGGGUCUUACACCCUAUCAGAUGGCGUUCCUUCUCACUACACCUAACCGCAGCUUAAUCUCGUACACAUACACCCAUAGUGCCGAUAAACAUCCAAGCCACCAACCUGCACCCUCACAUAUUUCUCCGAGUUCCACCCCGAAGACAAGUCCACCAUUGAAACCCGUCGGCUUUCACACAGCAUCAGGCUGGCCCCGUUGUUCGAGUACUUAUCAUGCAUGCUAGACGUGUACAUUGGCCCGUCAUCCGUCAAAGCCAACACGGAGCCUCACUCAGACUUAGCCUUAACCAAAUAUGCCUGUCCACACCACACCCUCUCCACCCGCCGUCGUACUCGGGACCGCCUCUUUUGGCACAGGCACGCCCCAGGCCAAAUUCAAUUCUGAAGAGACCACGCGACCACUGCUCCAGCUGCUCCAAUCUCGCGGCAUCACAGCCCUGGACACUGCGCGCGCAUACCCCGUAGGCAAUCCAGGCUCGGCGGAACUUGUUCUGGGCACACUCGGCGUUGGAGAAUGGGCCAGCAUCUCGACGAAAGUAACUUCGUGGCAGCCUGGGGCACAUUCUGCUGCCAGCAUCGCCUCGUCGGUGCCCAUCAGCCUCGCCGCUCUGCGUGUCGAGGCCGUGGACAUCAUGUAUCUGCACUCGCCUGACCGAGGUACCUCGUGGGAAGAGACAUGCGCCGCCAUGCACGAGCAGUGGAAAUUGGGGCGCUUCAAGCGUUUUGGCCUAAGCAACUACACGGCAGCUGAAGUGCAUGAAAUCUGCGUCGUGUGCGAGCGCAGGGGAUGGGUUCGUCCAAGUGUGUAUCAAGGACGGUAUAACGCUAUCAUUCGCAGCGGCGAGGAGGAGUUGUUUCCCAUAUUGAGGAAGUGGGGGAUCGCGUUUUUUGCCUACAGCCCCUCUGCGGUAGGAAUGUUUUCCGGAAAGAUAGAUGCUAAGAGUGUGGAUGUGGGAGGUUCGCGCUGGGAUAAGACGACUCGAUUGGGCCAGGCAUACGAACAAGUGUACCUGAAGCCGGAGCUUAUCGACGCCGCAGCUCGUAUUGCGGAUAAGGCGCAGGCCGCCCACAUCGGGGGCCAUGCUGUCGCCCUCAGAUGGGUCGUUUACCAUUCCAUUCUCAACGGCGAGCAUGGAGAUUCCGUCAUCAUCGGCUGCUCGACUGUGAAGCAGUUGGAGGACAAUUUGGACGCUAUCAAAGACGGCCCUUUGAGCCAUGAUCUUGCCGAGGCUAUGGAUGAGGUGUGGAAUGUUGUCAAGGAUCAUGCAGCGCCUUAUCAUUUGUAACUGGUGUUCAUUCUUUAGUAGACUCGACAAGGGGUUGAAAGUCGGGCAGACUUAAUCCGAAAUCUCGGUUGUAUUGCGGCACUGCUGGAGUGGAUACUUGUGAAAUGAGAUUGCCCAGAUAUGUAUGACAAGUAUCAAAGUACAUUGACUGUGGUUGUAAGGAUUCUAAAUAUCUGUCUUCGAAUUGUGUCGUCUCUCGAGAUGGAUCGGAACUUCGGAGGAGUAUAUUGAUAGACUUAUGACGUAGCUGUCAAAUAUUGCACUAGUUAGUCAGUUC